AUGGCGGACCGCGAAGGAACCAGUCAUGGACGGGAUCAGUCCGCGCCGCAAUCGAUACCUCUGCAGGACCUCAGCCGGCCCCCUGAUGCCAACGACGACCCUGCCGCGCGCGGCCUGCAACACCGGAGGACCAUAAGCGACCGGACGAGGAGCUUGCUGGGCACUCGAGACUCGCGCAACGCCAGGUAUGCGCCCAUCGCCGAGAGAGAUCCGGAUGGCAGGCCGUCACCACCACAGCUGUCAACCCAGGAUUACAGUGACACCGCACCGAAUACCGUUGGAGGAGCCUCGUCGUACAGCCCAGUUGGAGAUGCUGGCGCCUUCCAAGAAGCCAUGGGCUUUGCGGGCUUGUCCUUUGGAAACAACUCUCAGUCCCGCCAACGCCCUACGAUAACGACGAAUACGAAUCUGCGAAGCCCACCACCACCAAUUCUCUUGACGCCAAACGAUGACGAUCCUUACGGUGACCCGUACCCCCGACAGAGCUCGGAACAAAGCCAGAGCUAUUUCCCGGUCGACGACUCAGACACGGCGCGUUUGACUGACACUCGCCAUCUUACUCCGAUAAGUGGCGCCGAGCCCAUGACGCCGAUAGCCCAGACGGGUCGCUCCAGCUUCCAGAGCAUACGUUUCCUGACGCCGGAUCGAGCGUCCGUGUCGCCCAACGCACGGCUUGGCGAUGACCUUCACCAAGCGGAAAACGGGCUUCGCAUAUCGACUCGUGGGCUCGGGCGCUCCGACACUUCCGAUACUGCUGGCUCGCGGCAUAGGUCAUUGUCGCCUUCCUCGGCCGGAUCGCCUCUGCGGAGGGCAGGAACAAUGAUGAGGAACAUCUCUCAGCGUGUUGUUAACUUGAGUAACGAGUCCGAGCUCAUCGAACAAAGCAUCCGCAGAAAGUCCUCCAUUAGGAAGGACGAGCCCGAGCCUUCGCCGCAACUGCGACCAGGCAGCCCAGGACUUUUUGGCCUCGAUGUUCCGCCCGGGUCUCCCGCUCUUUCUUUCGCGCCGGGAUCGCCGCUCGAAAAGCUCCCUUCGCCCCUCUCGGCCAGCCGGCCCUUCAACUGGAAGAUGCAGGCCAAUCCCUUGAAGGGCAAGUCUUUGGGAGUCUUCCCACCGGACAGCUCCAUUAGGAUGAGGCUGUGCGAUGUAUUGACGCAUCCAGCCACGGAGCCGGUGCUCCUGGUGCUAAUCAUCAUGCAAAUAAUCCUUCUGACGAUCGAUUCGGCUCGCAAUGUUUUCGAUUACCCUCGAUCGCCCCACUGGGGGGAUACCUGGAUCGACUACGGUCUUUUGGGCCUGUUCGUGGUAUACACCAUCGAAACCAUCAUUCGUAUAAUCGUGUCUGGUUUCUUCUUCAAUCCCAUUGAAUACAGCACGAUAAAUCGCCAACUCGGCGUUCGGCAAGCGUUGAUCAACAAAGGAAAGUCGCUCUUUACCUCGCCCCAACGCCAGCCGUCGGUGAAGCGCGUGGGGUCUACCUUCCCUCCAGAGCAGCCGUCGAUCAUUAGGUCUUUCACCACCACCACGCUAGAUCCAGGAGACCCGGCCAACUUCCGCCAACAGCAGCGUAUAAGACUCUCACAUCGAGCUUUCCUGCGUCAUUCGUUUAACCGAUUGGAUUUUGUCGCGGUGGUGUCGUUCUGGAUAAGUUUCGUCAUUGGAGUAUUCGGCGUCGAAUCUUCCCAUCAUGCCUACGUAUUCCGGAUGCUGAGCUGCUUGCGGAUUCUUAGACUCCUUGGUCUGACCAGUGGCACAACGGUAAUUCUUCGAAGUUUGAAAAGGGCUGCUCCUUUGCUGGUAAACGUUGGGUUCCUCAUAGGCUUCUUCUGGCUCCUGUUCGGAAUCGUAGGUGUCCAAAGCUUCAAAUCGAGUUUCAGACGCACCUGUGUCUGGGUCGAUCCAGAAGGCAAGCAAGACAAUUACACGAGCGAUCAGUUUUGUGGAGGUUAUCUCGAUCAGUCUGGCAACCAAAUGCCCUGGAUUACAGCGGACGGAGUACCUGGCGCGGAGAAGCACAAGGGAUACUUAUGCCCUGUAAACUCCUAUUGCGUCGAGGGAGACAGCCCUCAUAACGGCACACAGAGUUUCGACAACAUCUUCCAAUCUCUAGAGCUCGUCUUUAUCAUCAUGACCUCUAACACGUUUUCGGAUUUAAUGUACAGUGUUGCCGAUAGCGACUAUCUCGCUGCCUGCAUUUACUUUGCAUUUGGCAUCGUUAUCAUGGCCUUGUGGCUUCUCAACUUGCUUAUCGCUGUCAUUACCUCCUCGUUCCAGGUCAUCCGCGACGAGAGUAAGACUAGUGCUUUCACCGCUCAAGUGGUGGAUGGAGCCCCUGAUGAGAACGAACAAAAUGCGGCUCCGGCCAAGAAAGAGAGCACCAUUCUGCGCGGCUACAAAACGACCGGCUGGUUCUGGUUGCUUGUCAUCACUUACGGCCUGAUCUGCCAGGCGUUGCGGAGCGCCGAGAUGAGUGAACGACGCUCGACUUUCAUUGACCGCUCCGAAACAAUUGUAACUCUCGCUCUUCUUUUUGAGAUCAUCCUUCGCUUUGUUGCCGAUUGGAGGCAUUUCCAUCGCAGUCGAAGGAACAUGUUCGACUUGGGGCUUGCUAUCAUCACCACCGUUAUCCAGCUCCCCUCUGUCAAGGCAAAUGAAAACGCUUAUGCCUGGUUGACGGUUUUUCAAAUCCUCCGAAUCUACCGCAUCGUCUUGGCCUGGUCGAUAACGCGUGAGCUUACCAUGACUGUUUUGGGAAAUGUCACCGGUCUGCUAAACCUUAUUCUCUUCGUGUUCCUCUUGACGUACCUUGCGGCGAUCUUCGCCGCACAAAUAUUUCGUGGCGAACUCCCCAGAGAGGCGGACGGUGAAGUUCUCGAAGUCUCAUUUUUCAACAUUUUCAACGCGUUUCUAGGAAUGUACCAGUGUUUGUCGAGUGAAAAUUGGACCGACAUUCUCUACAACGUCACGAGUUACGAAGUCGCUUACAACACCGGCUGGAUUGGGGCGGCGUUCCUGAUCAUUUGGUACAUUCUCGCCAACUUCAUCGUCCUGAACAUGUUCAUUGCUGUCAUUCAGGAAAGUUUUGAUGUCUCCGAAGAUGAGAAGCGCCUGCAACAAGUCAAGGCCUUUUUGCAUCAGAAAGAAAUAGGCGGGGCCGGUUCUGGUAAUCUCUCGUUGUCGACCAUCUUCAAACUCGGACAAGCGGCCAGUCGCCGUAAAGACCCUCUCGACUACGGUACAGCUGCCACGGAAAUGCUUCUUAAAGACGCGGUCGUUCGAGAUUUCCUUGACGAGCCAGAGCAGCCGCUUCUUGCGGGCGGGGAGCAUGGUCACGCAGAGGCGCACGCAGCAAACCAAGCAGGCACCGUCAAAACAGGCGUGUGGUCCAGACUUUGGAGCCAUUUUCUUCGCAGAGUCUGGCACAGAGAACCUAAUCCCUUCUACGCUCGACUGGAAUUUUCAAAGGCAUAUGAGGACCUCGAUCCGCGUGAGAUGGCCAAGGAAGUCGUAUCGGCGACCGAGCGCCGGAAGAAGGCUCAACGGGACUACCUGCGAAAGUACCCCUCUUACAACGUCUCUCUGUUCUUGUUCAAGCCGCACAACCCCAUAAGGAAAUUGUGUCAACGCUUUGUUGGCCCUGGACGUGGCGAUGAACGGAUUGAAGGUGUGGCUCCUUCAAUUCCUAUCUGGUACGCAUUUUCUGCUUUCAUCUAUGCGGCCAUUGUCGCCAUGGUGUUGCUUGCUUGUGUCGCAACACCCGUCUACCAGAAAGAGUAUUUCAAGACCCACGACUACACUGUCUACAACUGGUUCGUCUACACGGAUUUGGCAUUUGCCCUGGUGUUCACAACCGAAGCGCUCAUCAAGGUCAUUGCGGAUGGCUUCUUCUGGACUCCCAACGCGUACUUUCGGAGUUCCUGGGGAUUUAUCGACGGUGUCGUGCUCAUCACCCUUUGGAUCGACGUUAUAACUCUGCUGUACAACGAAGGAGACGUCUCGAGAGCCGUCGGAGCGUUCAAGGCCCUGAGGGCGCUGAGGCUGCUGAACGUAAGUGACAGUGCGCGAAACACCUUCCACCAUGUCAUUAUCCGUGGCGGUUGGAAGGUCCUUUCGGCUGCAUUCGUCUCGCUUAGUUUCCUCAUUCCUUUUGCCAUUUAUGGCGUGAACCUCUUCAACGGCCGAAUGCAAUCGUGCAAUGACGGCGACUCCGGAAUCUUCGACCUUUCCGAUUGCACUGGCGAGUAUAUGUCUUCGCCGUUCGAUUGGGAUGUUCUGGCGCCCCGAGUGGCUUCCAAUCCCUUUUACGACUUUGACAAUUUCGGCGACUCGCUCUUCAUCCUUUUCCAGAUUGUGUCGCAAGAAGGUUGGAUCAGCGUCAUGUGGUCCGCUCAAAGUAUCACUGGUGUUUUUACGCAGCCUGAGCCGUUCGCCGCGCAAGGAAACGCAGUCUUCUUCGUUGUUUUCAACUUGCUCGGCGCCGUCUUCGUCUUGACGCUUUUCGUAUCCGUCUUCAUGCGCAACUACACUGAACAGACCGGAGUCGCAUAUCUGACCACAGAUCAGCGUUCGUGGCUUGAAUUGCGGAAGCUUCUUCGUCAGAUUUCUCCAUCGAAGAGGCCAUCGUCAACGAAGAAGCGCGAGACAUGGGAGGAGUGGUGCUAUCGCCGAGCAGUGAGGAAGACCGGUAGGUGGCAGAGGUUCAUAACGCUCGCACUCUGCUUCCACUUGCUUCUUCUCUGCCUGGAGUGGUACCCUGAGCCGUGGGAGUUCAGCCGAACACGAGAUUACGUAUUCCUGUGCUUGACGCUGUUGUACAUGAGCAAUAUCGCGAUCCGCAUCAUUGGCUUGUCCUGGAUGCGGUUCACGAGGAGCUCGUGGGACGUGUACUCCCUGUUCUCCGUCUCCGGCACGUUCGUCACCACAGUCCUGCUCCUGACAAACUUCAAUUCCAAUGCCUACGUUUCACUGCACAAGCUGUGUCUUGUGUCGAUCGCUCUCCUUUUGAUCCCACGGAACAAUCAGCUCGACCAGCUUUUCAAAACGGCGGCAGCGUCAGUGGGUUCCAUUGCCAACUUGCUGGCAACAUGGUUCGUGUUGUUCCUUGUAUACGCCAUCGCGUUGACGCAGACGUUCAGUCUGACGCGCUUCGGUGAGAACGAGACGAACAACGUCAACUUCCGCACUGUGCCCAAGGCGCUCCUCUUUCUGUUCAAGAUGAGUAGUGGUGAAGGCUGGAACGAAAACAUGGAAGACUUUGCCAACAUCGUGCCGCCGUUCUGCGUCGUGGGCGAGGAGUUCUAUGACGGCGACUGCGGCAGCGCGGAGUGGGCUCGGUGCCUGUUCAUCUCAUGGAACGUGCUGAGCAUGUAUAUUUUCAUGAACCUGUUCGUGUCGCUGAUCUACGAGUCCUUCUCGUACGUGUAUCAGCGCAGUAGCGGUCUCUCCGUCAUUAGCCGCGAGGAGAUUCGUAGAUUCAAGCAGGCAUGGGCCGAAUUCGAUCCGCACGGCUCGGGCUACAUUCCUCGGGAGAAACUGCCACGGCUGCUUGGAGAACUUUCGGGUGUGUUUGAGAUGCGCAUUUACGAUGGCGACUUUACAAUCAGCAGGAUCAUCGAGGACUGCAGCAAGCCACCGCGGUCGUCGAGCCUGCCCGUCAAUGGUGCAAAGGAGACGCCCGAGAUCGACCUGGCCCUGCUCAACGAGCGACUCUCCCUCUUGCCGGUCGAGGAGAUUCAGAUGAGAAGAGAACGCAUGAAUGUCUUUUACGAAGAGAUGCUGGUCGGCAGUGACCCCGACAAGGGUAUCCAGUUCACGUCGCUCCUAAUGACGCUGGCUCACUACAAGGUCAUAAACGACAGCAAGAGCUUGCGACUGGAAGAAUUCUUGCGUCGGCGUGCCCGACUGCAACGCGUCGAAGAGGCCGUCCGGCGCAACGUCGUGGUUGGAUUCUUCGACACGUUGUACUGGUCGCGCCGCUUCCGCCGCGCUCUCGAGGCCAAGCGUGCGGGCCGGAUGACGGCGGUGCCGCAGUUCGAGUUCACGGUGGUCGACGACCAGGACAUUACGAGCGCACGGGAGCGUGGGGAGAUGUACCUGCCGUCCCCGACGUUCGCGCCCAGCUUGGCGUCGUCGAUCGACAUCACAUUGACGAGCUACGACGAGUUCCGCAAUGCGGCGCGGUCGCGGUCGCCGUCACCGCCUGGAUCGCCAUUCGCCGAGGGCCUGCGCAGCCGAGCCAACAGCAUCCAGAUGACACCAGUGGCGAGCCAGGCCAACAGCAUCCAGGUGUCGCCAAUGCAAUCACCGCUCAACAGCCCGACAUUGACGCCGAUGCGGGCGACUGGCGACAGCACGACGAUGGAGAGUUUGUUCGCGGCGGAGCUGAGCCGGCCUCCAAGCCCGCUGGAGCGGUCGUCGAUGGCGCGGUCGACGUCGAUAGCGCAGUCGAUUGGAGCGCGGUCGUCGGGAUUGGCGCGGGCCAACACGGACUCGGAGGCGCAAGACACGGUAUCUGGGUUGCGCGGAGCAGGCCCAUCGACGUCGGCGGGCGAGCGUGCGGCGCCGCGUCGCAGCCGUCGGCACAGCAGCGUGUCGGCGCAGGACGUACUGGACGUGCUGGACAACUCGAUCUGGGGCGAGAGUAUCCGGCGCAGCUUCACGGUCAAACGGUCGCCGCGGUGA